AUGCCUUUCGUGUCCGAAAGCAGCAAAAGAAAAGCCCUGGACGCCUUGCGCGACUUCGGGAAGAAAGAUGUCAGCUCGGUGGUCAGCAAGGUUCCACCUCCCGGCCUCGCUCCGGGUUCCACGAUUGCCCUGAAGGGGGAUACUCACCGCCGCUUCCUGCGCAUGAACUCGCACAGCGACAUGGAUGCCUCAGACCCCCGAGACGAUUUCCCUUUCGAGUGGACCUGGGAGCGCUUCACCGUGGUCGAUGCAGGGAACGGGGAGAUCGCUCUUCACAACACCUUCCACAACCGUUUCGUCCGGAUGAACAAGGAAGGGAUGGAUGCCAGCGAUUUGAAGGCUGCAGCUGACCUCCUCCCCGAAUGGAGUUGGGAACGAUUCACUGUGGUCUACGGCGGAAAUGGAACGAUCGCCUUGCACAAUCGUGUCCACAAUCGCUUCGUCGCGGUGUCCGACCAGGGAGUGGCCUUCAGCAGCAUCACGAAGGAUGCAUCAGACCUGCCGGCUGCGAUGAUCUUUGAGCGCUUCCGUGUGCUGCAGGUGAAGCCUUUCCUGGAGCCGGGCUCUGUAGUGGCCCUGCACUGCGCUCGAUGGAACCGUUUUCUCCGCAUGAACGACAAGGCCGACAUGGACUCUAGCGAUCACAAAGCGGCGGACCAGAUGCCAUGGGGCUGGUCAUGGGAGCGCUUCACCGUUGUCGAUGCCGGGAAUGGACAGAUCGCCCUCCACAGCGCUUACCACAACCGAUUUGUGCGGAUGAACCAUGCGGACAUGGACGCCAGCAUGCACAAAGCCGCCAGUGAUCUCCCCAAGGAGUGGACCUGGGAGACUUUCGUGGCGAGGUACCUGACCAAUGGGGAGAUUGCCUUGCACAGCACGUACUUCAACCGGUUCGUCCGCAUGACCGAUCUGGUUGUUGACAGCAGCGACCCGGUGAACCAGCAGGACUAUCCUGCCACAGCCACGGACUGGAAGUUCAAAAUCGUGAAGCUCCAGGAUGCCCCCACCGAAGCGAACGACGAUCCCUGGUCUUUCGAGGUUGACUAA